AUGACGGGAAGAAUUUCUCUAGUUGAACAAAAAAGAUUGCAAUGGGCAAAAGAAAGAGAAGAAAUGGCAAGAUUAAAUGAGCACUGGAGUGCCUCGAAGCCAUCAAAUCCAAUUUAUUCUGCAAUUCGCUCAAGAAUGUCGACACGAGAUUAUCAAAGUAGUAGUAAUAGUUGUAGAAAACCGCUCCGUGCUAGUGAACAUCAUGGUAGCACAGCAAGUUUGAAGAGUGUUGAUACCGCAUCCACAAGCUUACGAAGUUUAGACUUCGCUAAUAGUGGUAGUAUGAUCAAUAUUGUUGAUUGUAUAGAAUUACCAGGAUCCAUGAGAAAAAGAAGUCCUAGUUUACCACCAAUAUAUACCAAAGAACACCAUCAACAUCAGCACACAUAUAAAUCACAGGAACUUCCUAGUCUAGAGGUAGAGGGCUCACGAUUUAUAAAUCAACCCCGAACACAAAAACAUUCAAACAACCAAGUAGAACGUGACAUUUUAAUUCGUAAUACGUACGAAGAACGUGAAGGAGAAACUUCAGGGUACGCAAGCGACUCUAUUGAAGUCAAUGCUAUUCAAACCGGAUUACUUCCACUUGAAAAAUCACAAGGAGAUACCGAAAUGGCUGAAAGACUUUGGCAAAAUUGUUAUUAUGAUUCACCAGAUCCUUCACUGCCACCAUCAAGAAAAUUCACAAGCCCUCGUUUAGUUGAAUUGAAUAGACCCAGAUGGGGAAGUAUUUGGAAUCAAGAUAAUACACGAAAUGACUUACCACCACCCUCGUGGUUAGAACGAGGGCUAUCUCGACUAGAUCACUCCAGCCAGGUCUUAGUAAUUAAUCACGACAGUGCUAGCAGCCCUGAUAGUUCAUCGACUGGUUCAACAGACUCAAAGACUUAUUUACGAGGUCAAAAUAUUCCAGUAGAUGCGCAAAUACUCCAAGAACGUGAAGCACGACGACAAAAAGCCCUUGAGCUUCAGAGUGCAAUAAAGCAGCAGUUGGAAGAAAAAGAUAGACGCAGAAAGGAAGAGAAGGAAAGAAAACUCCGGGAAGAGUUAGAAGAAGAAGAGAGAAUCAAAAGGGAAAGAGAUAAAGAGAUAGCGAGAUUUGAAGAAGAACAGAGAAAGUUAAAGGAAAAAGAAGACGCCAAGAAAAAAAAAGAAGAGACAAUGAGAGAAAUACUCGAGACAGCAGAGCGACUUGCCAAAGAGAAAAAACGACAACGUCGUCAACGUGACGAUUUUAAAAACGUAACGACGAUCAAUGACCCGGAGGUAAAUGAUUGGCCACCUGAUACUAUAAGCAAUAAAUCUUUUCAACUCAAUGAUUAUCCAAUAAAUAAUACGGAGACUUUUAAUACAAAUGAUAGCAAUCCAAUAAAUACUACCGAGAGUUGUAGCAAAAAAUUUGAUGAUGAAUCAGCUAAUGAAACUGCUCGCGAAAAUUUAAUGAGAUUGAAUAAAGAUGUGGCGAUUGUCCUCACAGGAAGACUUGAAGAUACCAAUUUUUUAAAUGGAAAUAAUGUUAAAUUGCUAAAUUUUAUUGUUAAUUCCAGCACACAAUGUGAUAAUAAUUCAAUGACUGUUAAUAAUAAUAAUAAUAAUAAUAAUAAUUUAAAUAGUUUAAUUAAAAGUUUAACUAAUUCAGGAUUUGUAAAAAGUACAUGCGGAGCAUCUUGUUCACCAAGGAUUGUUGAAAAUCGUUUGCUAACACCAAGUAAAUAUAGAAUUAACUAUGGAAGAGAUUUUGGUACACAAACAGAUGUUGAAAAUGAUAGUAGUGAUUUAGGAAGUAAAGAUGUUUGUAGAGGAUCUAAAGAAAGUGUCAACAUACGACGAGAUACUGACAAAUCGACGGGUACUUCAAUUGAAGAGAAAAAUCUGUUGCGAUCAAAAUCACAGCCGCGACAAACGAUUGCAACCCGACCGCGGUGGAAUGCCAAUAGGCCUGGGACACGAUACAGAACACAGAGCGAGAAGGAUCCCCAUUAUCAAAGACGUAUGAGAUUGAGGAGACGACGAGUGGAAUCGAGUGAUGAACGAUCAAGGUUUUCUUUUUUUUAUUAAUAUUAUCUAUCCCAAUUUUUUUACAAUUAUAAUUUAUAUUGUAGGUCACCAUCACCUGAUCGCAGAAAAAUGAGUAACUUAAAAUCAAAAAUUCGUAAUUCGAUUCAACGAAAAUCUAAACGAGACAAUUAUGAUGCUGACUUGUCAAUGGAUAGUUUAAAUUCAGUUGUACCAUUACGUGUAAAUGAACACGGGCGUAUUAUCGUACAAAUGAACAAAUCUGAUAACAGUUUACAUAUAAAAGAUGAUGAUAAAAGAAUUGAAACAAAUAAUAAAAAUAAAUUAAAUCUGUGGUGUGAACAAGACAUACUUACGCAAUUGGCUUCGUUAAAAAAUGGAUUAUUGGCGAAACAACGCGAGUGGGAUUCAGAAAGAUGUUUAGUGUCACCAAGCACAGAAUUUUAUUAA